CACACGCAAAUGGAAAUCGAAACAAAAUAAAAUUCGCUACAUAACAAAAGAAAAAACCCUCCCCACAGCCUACAGGCCACAGGCCGCAGGGGUAUUUAGGUCAUGUGAGCUACUCGAUUUUAAAAAUCGAAAUAUGUAGUGUUGCGAGUUGUCAAUAUAUGUAUUUAAUUUCCACUGGGCCUUAGUGGAAUAUCAUAUUUGAGCACUUAACGUAUACAUUGUAACUGUUGAGUAUUAUUUUCUACACAAUAUAAUGGAAGCUGUUCCCGCAUUGCUUUUAGGCCUCGUGGCCUCGGUCAUUGAGUUUGGUACAGCCGCUGACCUGUGUAAUCGAAUGGACUCCUGUUCAGGCGACUAUGGAUGGGCUGUUGCGGUCGGAGUUGUCUCCACGAUCGUAAUUCUUGUAGGCUUGGGGCUACAUAUGAGAAUGGCAGAAGAUGGUGCUAAAUUGGCCGUACCCCUGGGUGGGUUCCUGGUUGCCUGGUGGGCGUUUGGUGUAGGCUUUAACACACGUGUAGGCGGCCCCUUCGAACAGGCGGGCAAUGGAUACUAUUCAUCUUGGCUCGCGUUCUUCGCAGUAGCGAAUUAUAUAUACUUGGCACUUGCCUCUAUGGCAAAUAUCUCGCAUACCUAUGGUAUCGCUCUGUGGACUUUGGCUGUGGCCUCUAUUGUAGAGUUUGCGGUGGCGUCCGAAGUAUGCUCUGAUUCCGGAGAUUGUUCAGACAGUAACGCCUGGGCUGUAGCCGUAGGAGUUGUAUCUUUCUUCAUCGCCCUCAUUGCGAUCGCAUUGAAUUUUGCAAGCCCUGGUAUGGCUGAGAAAGCGAGUUUGCCGAUUGGCGGCUUCUUGGUAAUCUGGUGGGCGUUUGGAGCGGGUUACAACACUUCCUUUAACGGACCGUUCUACACCUCUUACAUCACCGCUGAUAACAGGAUCGUCAACAGUUUGAACGCGAACGGUUACUAUAGUACGUGGAUUUCUUUCUUCGCUUCACUGUACUAUGCCAUUGGUAACAUCCCCUCCGUUCGCAAUGCCUUCAAGAAGUCAUUGAUGAAAAACAACGACAACUCGGAUUUCCCAUCGAGUACCCCCUCAGGAAGUCCUGCGGUAGACUCGGAAGCACAGGCGUAAAUCACUUUUUAAGACUUGAGUGCAACCAUCUACCAAAACACACCUCAUAAAAUACGAUAUGUUGCGCUGCGUCUCUAUCAUAUCAAUAAGUAGGUAUUUUGUGAGCGAUUUUUACUCAGGACGAGGUGAGCUUCGGCCGUAGCUUGGCUGUACAUAUACACCUGCCACGCUCUUCUCCUGGGGUGCUUCGCGCGCUCAAAAAGUCCGCGUUGCAUUGUGCUUGUACACGGUGUGGGUGAAGCUAAUCAUCUCACACGUGGAUAUACUUAAAUAUCGAUGCUCAUUACAAAGCAUUAAAACAACUGAACGACAACAACUUCAAUGGAAUUUAGUUUGCCUGUUGUUUAUGGCCCGUUGCACAAAUUUAGGUUUUGUAUUCAUUUGAAAAUGCUAUAUCAUAAAAAUAUAUCAAUAACAGUAGUGUCGGCUGCGCUUCGUUAGAACAUGAAAAGCCUGGAAAGAAAAUAUUUGGUGUCCUUGGCGAGAUACAUGCAUAGUAACUACUGCGACAUUAUGGCUGUGUCGAUAUUUAUCUGUAUAUCGACAUUUAUCGUCAGGAGAUGACCCGAAACAAAUUACACCAGACUUUUUCAGACGGCUUGACCAUUAUUCUCACCGCUGAACCGGCCUUGUUGCAGUUUAUUUGUUUAGUUAAGUUCGUCGGUCUAGCUAUAUGUGAAAUCUGCCGUGUUGGUCUCGUAUUGCAGGUUAGGCUGUAAAUGUAUUACCAUUCAACCCCCUGUCACUGAGAAGAGUGCAAGAUUAAACGGCAGCAAUGUAAUUGUGAUAUCCGAGACUCAUGGUCUCAUCUGAGAACGACAGGAAUGAAGGAACUUCUCAUCUCCGAAGUAAUCUACAACUUCCCAAUAACCCCCCCCCCCCCUCCUGGGAUAACUGAUCACGUAUACAAAGUCUGGACACCAAAAAUAUUCUGAAAUUACGUAUGUUGUGGCGAGGCCGAAGGAAAGUGCAGGAUAUCAUCAAUAAAGACUCGAUUGUCCUAUCAACCACGAAGAUUCGAUGGCCAUCUACUAACUAUAAAG